ACGUAGCGUGUCAUUACGUACGCCUGGCCGGCCAAGGCUUGACUUCCUGACUGUUUAUUGUGUUACAGUGUAGCUUGGCCAGACAUCUGCACAAAAAUAAGCCCUACGUUACGUUAGUGUGUGUACAUACAUCGGUACAGAAACUGCGACUCAAGAAACUGCGACUGAAGAUGGAGGAGCAAAAUAUCCAGCAAGCUACAGAGGACAGGGAUGAGCUAGCCAUGAAGGAAUCUGAGUCCGACGUGCAGAUAGCGCCCUCGCCUGACAUCAAACUCCAGAAGAAAAUCGGGCCAGUGGUGGGCGUGGCUAUUGUGGUGGGCGUCAUGAUGGGGAGUGGGAUUUUCAUUACGCCGUCGUUUGUGCUUGCUAGCAGCGGCUCUGUCGGCAUGGCACUGCUUGUGUGGACUAUCGCAGGCCUUCUUUCUAUCAUUGGUUCCCUGUGCUACGUCGAGUUGGGUACAAUGAUACUCGUGUCCGGCGGUGACUAUGCCUACAUCUACACAGCGUUCGGUCCGCUGCCCGCAUUCCUGUAUGUCUGGGUUACGACAAUAGUCGGUGCGCCGACAAUGCUAGCAAUCAUGGCGUCUGCGUUCUCCAACUACGUGUUGUAUCCGUUCUUCCAGGCGGGAGAUCUGUGUAUGCCUCCCGCCGCAGCGAUAUAUUUAUUUGCUGCUGUUUGCUUGUUGUUGGUAACAUUCCUAAACAUCUACAGUGUGAAAUGGGUGACUCGUGCCCAGGGCGUCUGCACGGGACUUGUUGUUCUAGCAUUGCUGGUCAUUAUCAUGACAGGACUGGUCAAACUGGCUCAGGGAAAUACAGCUGCUUUUGUGAAUGGUUUUGAGCCGAUUGAAGGACUGCACACAGCUCCGGGUUCAGUGGCAGUCGCGUUCUAUGCAGCGUUGUUUGCAUAUGGUGGAUGGAACAUACUGAAUUUCCUCAUUGAGGAGCUAACUAAUCCUGUAAGAGACCUGCCCAUAGUACUCAUGGUCUCCCUACCACUGGUGACAGUCAUCAAUGUGCUGGUCAACAUUGCCUAUCUUGCUGUACUCAAUCCACAGGAAAUGCUUCAAUCCAAAGCUGUAGCCUUUACAUUUGGUAAGAAGGUCUUGGGUGACGCUUCCUGGAUCAUGCCCAUAGCUGUCUCCAUAUCCAUGGUGGGAGCUCUCAAUGCAGGACUGCUGAAAGGCUCCAGGACGUGCAUGGUUGGUGCUCGCAAGGGACAGUUUCCAAGCAUUCUGGGUAUGAUACAAGUCCAGAGAAAAACGCCUGCACCUGCGUUACUGUUUGUUGCUGCGUUUGGUCUAAUAUUCCUGACGUCCAACGACAUCGGUAGACUGAUCAACUGCUUCUCUUUAGUGACUUGGAGUACCAUCCUAGCUUCCAUACUCGGCCUUCUGUACCUACGCUGGAAAAGGCCUGACCUGAAAAGACCUUUCAAGGUGAACCUAGUACUACCCAUCAUCUUUGUUCUGGUCUGCACCUGUCUGCUGGUACUCGGCAUUAUCAGUGAACCAUGGGAUUCUCUGAUUGGUCUAGGCAUGACCUUGACAGCCCUCCCCGUCUAUGCUAUCUGCAUCUAUCCAACCAACAAGCCUGGCUGGUUGAGGAAGAUCACUUAUACCGUGACAGUGUUUCUUCAGAAGGCUUUGUUUGUUGGCCGGGAAGAAACCUCGUGAGGGAGAAGAAAGUCUUGGUAACGUUGAGCUUACUCAUAAAGGAGGUUAAAAGUACUUGUAAGAGGGUGUCUUGUUGAAAUAUUAUUGUUUUCAAAAUCGUCAAAUGAACCAUAAAAUUAUGUUCUUCCAAAUUGAUGUUAGAGGCUAAUUUGAACUUUGACGAUUGUUUCAACCUGUUCCUGGAUUCCAUUGAAAUCAGUGUUGUAGUCCAGUCCAUGACAAGUCCUUUCACAAGUCCAGUCACAAUGACAAAGGUACGGAAGUGUAUUUAGGACAUGACCCAAACAAAAUGUCCGGCCCGAUAUAUUUCGCCCGGGCGGAU